GGCAAGCAUUGGAUCGAUACACGUACGCACGCAUCGGCCAUGAAGCAUCAGCAAAAGGCAAAGACUUCCCACCAAAGCUCUUACGAAAUUUAUUCCCUAAAUUCUCUUUUCAAGCUGUAAAGGAAGGGGACCAUAUAUCUCUUGAUUCUCAUGCAUUUAUGCAACGCGUCAUAAAUCUUAACCCAUUUUCCACCUCUUAUCUCCUUACUCAUCAUCAUCAACCAGCCACCACCUCACCGCCGCUGAUCACCGAUCAGCCAUGGCCUUCUCCCAAGAUGAUCAUCAUGAUCACCUCCACCAACCCAUCUUAGCCUCUGACCAAGCGCAGCCGCUCGAACCGGAACCCAUCUCUUCUGGCCCCCAUGUAGUGGACUCGCGGCUAGAAAAGGUGCUCUUGGAUACAAAGUUGCCGCGUCUCAAGCGCCUCCGAUUGGCCACCUUCGUCGAACUGAAGAUCCUCUUCCGCCUCGCCGCACCAGCGGUCUUCGUCUACAUGAUCAACAACUUAAUGUCCUUGUCCACCCGAGUCUUCGCCGGCCACCUCGGCAAUCUUGAGCUCGCCGCCGCCUCUCUUGGCAACAGCGGCAUCCAACUCUUCGCCUACGGCCUCAUGUUGGGCAUGGGAAGCGCGGUAGAGACUCUAUGUGGGCAGGCAUAUGGAGCCCACAGGUAUGAAAUGCUAGGCGUUUAUCUGCAAAGAGCAACGAUCGUGCUGACUUUGACUGGCAUUCCAGUGACGGUGAUCUACGUCCUAUCAGAGCCUAUACUGCUCUUACUAGGUGAAUCAACGGCUGUGGCGUCCGCAGCAGCAGUUUUCGUCUACGGACUCAUUCCGCAAAUAUUUGCUUACGCUGUGAACUUCCCCAUACAAAAAUUCCUCCAAUCCCAGAGCAUUGUGGCCCCCAGUGCGUACAUAUCGGCGGCGACGCUUGUGGUGCACCUGCUGCUGAGCUGGGUGGCGGUGUACAAACUGGGCAUGGGGUUGAUCGGCUCGUCGUUGGUGCUGAGCCUGUCGUGGUGGAUAAUUGUGGUGGCGCAGUUGGUGUAUAUCUUGGUGAGCGGCAACUGUAAGCUGACGUGGAAUGGCUUGAGUAUGCAGGCAUUUUCUGGGCUCUGGGAUUUCCUGAAAUUGUCGUCGGCGUCGGCCGUUAUGCUGUGUUUGGAAACGUGGUACUAUCAGAUUCUGGUCUUGGUUGCUGGGCUGCUCCCAGACCCCGAGCUUGCUUUGGAUUCUCUUGCCAUCUGCAUGGCAAUUAAUGGGUUGGUGUUCAUGGUUUCGGUCGGGUUUAACGCAGCUGCAAGUGUGAGGGUGAGCAAUGAGCUCGGAGCUGGUCAUCCGAAAUCAGCAGCAUUCAGUGUCGUAGUCGUGAACGUGGUUUCGUUCAUAAUUGCUGUAAUGGAAGCGGUGGUAGUGCUUGCGUUGCGCCACGUGAUAAGCUAUGCUUUCACCAGCGGCGAGACCGUGGCCGAUGCAGUCUCCGACCUAUGUCCAUUCUUGGCAGUCACUCUUAUUCUCAAUGGGGUUCAACCAGUCUUGUCCGGGGUGGCUGUUGGAUGUGGAUGGCAAGCAUUUGUUGCAUAUGUCAAUGUGGGAUGUUACUACGGGGUUGGAAUACCUUUGGGUUGCCUUCUUGGUUUUAAGUUUGAUCUUGGCGCCAAGGGAAUAUGGUCGGGGAUGAUAGGAGGAACUUUAAUGCAGACCGCCAUUUUACUGUGGAUAACUUUUCGCACGGACUGGAAUAAAGAGGUGGAGACAGCGAGGAGACGAUUGGACAAAUGGGAGGACAAGGAGCCACUGAUGAAUAGCUGAAGAGUUUGCUGAAGAUGUCAUUGAUUAUUAUAGGCUACAGGAAGCAAAAGGAUGUGCCUAGGGGUUGAGUUUGGAGAUGGAUACAUAACAAUCAAGCAUCACACAUGCAUGUGAAUGUCCACUCCUAAAGUCAUCUGAUGGAUUUCAACUGCCAGGGUUUGCCCAUUGACUAGCAAAAUCUAUUGUUGUCACAUAAAGAAUUAGGGUUUGAUUUGCUCAAGCCUCAAUGUGCUCUUAAAAAUGUACUAAAUUGAAAUGUUUGGGUGUGCAAUUUUGUUGUAUCAUUUUGUAUUAUUCUUUAUUGUAUUCAAAAUUGCGAAUACCAAGUAGAAAA